AUGACACCGGAGACAAAAAUAAAUGUCCAUGACGAUAAGUAUAAUCUAAACAGCCUUCAAAAUGUACGAACUAACUCGAUGGCUGAUGAUGAUUUUAUCGAAGAUUUCAAUAUCACCGAAAGUGAUCUUGAUUCAGCAUUCAAUCCAACUCGUCGUCGAGGACGGCAAAGUAAAGAAGAAGCAAUCUACGGUAUUUGGGCCACAGCUUCUGAACGCGCUACCAGUCGUCCGACCACAACAACAACCUCGUACAGUCGGGUAGCUCAACCGAUCGCAUUUGUUAGUGGCGGUGUCAAAUUAGGUUCAAAAAUCGACAACAAGAAACCAGCCACAACAAAGCCAACGAAGAAACCCAUUAUAUCCAACGAUUAUAUCAGUGAUGAGGAUAGUGAUGAGCCAGCUGAUGACGAUGAGAAUGACGACGACGAUGAAGUUGAAGUCAUUGGAAGAAAACGGAAAAAACGCGGGGAUAUGAGUGACGACGACGAUGAUGAUGAUGAUGACGACAGUCAUAACGAAGAUGAAGCAGCUGGAUCAAGCGAUGAUGAAAGUCAUGCACCAGUCACACAACCUCAAACAUCAAGCUUUUCAAAUCGCCGACCACAGAUGAAUCAAGCACCAGUUCAUGAUAAGGAAUUCGGUGCAUUUGAAAAAUAUACCAAAGGCAUCGGUAUGAAACUGAUGAAAAAAAUGGGUUUUGAACAUGGUCGUGGUUUGGGGAAAAACCUUCAAGGUCGAGCCAUGCCUAUUCAAGUUCAAAAACGUCAAGGUAAAGGUGCUGUUGGUCGAUACGGAAAUGAAGAUCCCAACAUUCGUCCUACAACGAGUCAAGACUCGGAAACCACUUCAUCAGAAAAACCAUCGAAGAAGAAUGCUCCACAAUGGCGAAAACAACCGAGAGAGAGAGUGCCCAAACAACAAUAUAUUUAUAAAACAUUCGAUGAUGUGUUAAAAGAACAAACGACCAAAUUUCACAACAAAAAGCCUGGUGAACAAAGUCGAGAUAAGAUCAUUGACAUGACAGGUCGUGAACAACGUGUGCUUCAAAAUUAUGAUUCUAUCUCAACGAAACAAUUCGAUCAAGAGCACGUAUUUUCACUGGAAGAAUUAUCACAUAAUCUUGACCAAGUGAUUGAGUCAUGUGAAGAAGGAAUGAUUCGUUCCCAUCGACGACGAAAUGCUGACCAAGACACAAUGGUGGCGUUAGAAUAUGAUUUAUCGCAUACACAAAAACUCAUUUCUGAUGAAGCCACGAAAAUGAAUCGAUUGAACAUUCUUCUUAACAUGGUCGACCAAUGUGAACAAUGUGUGAGACAGGUCAAAAAUAUCAAUGACCUGCUCUUUCUACAACGAGUCUUCGAAGAAUUGAGAAAAAAUUACUCGCAUGAGUAUCAAACCUAUCGUCUUUGGGAUGUCGCAGUUCCAGUUUUACACAGUCAAAUGAAACACCAUCUCGCUACCAACUGGGAUAUUCUUCAUGGUACACAUGAUCACGAUGAAGAACUCAUUAACAUUUUCACCAAAUGGAGAGACGUCUUAGAAGAUGAUACCAUUGAUUUAACGACAAACAGUGUUACUCCGUCGAAAGAAAACAUGGACCCAUAUCAUCGACUUCUCUGGGAAGUAUGGAUGCCAUUUGUUCGUCGAGCAGUUCUCGACUGGAAUCCACGUCAUCCUGAUGAACUGAUCGAUGCUAUUGAACGAUGGAAAUCCAUACUACCAGGAUGGAUUCGAGAAAAUGUUCUUGAUCAACUUGUCAUGCCUGUUCUUCAUCGUGAAGUGGAUGCAUGGAAUCCUCUGACUGAUUCAAUACCCAUUCAUUCAUGGAUACAUCCAUGGUUGCCGCUGAUGAAAGAACGACUCGAACCAUUGUAUCAACCGAUUCGAACGAAGCUUGCACAAGCUCUUCAGAACUGGCAACCAUCAGAUUCAUCAGCCAAAGCUGUUCUACUUCCUUGGCAACGAAUCUUUCCACAAUCGACAUGGGAUUCAUACAUGAACAAAAACAUCGUUCCGAAACUAGUCACACUAAUGCAACAGUUCAUUGUUGAUCCUCGACAACAAGUGUUAGAUCCAUGGAAUUGGUUUAUUAGUUGGGUUGAUAUAGUACCAUUGCCGAGCAUGGUUGCCAUUCUAGAGAAGACUUUCUUUCCCAAAUGGCUUCAGGUACUGAAUACAUGGCUGAACACAAAUCCAAACUAUCAAGAAAUUCAAGGAUGGUAUAGUGGAUGGCGAUCAUUGCUUCCACCAUCACUUCUCAAUCAUACGACCAUCAAAGAAAAGUUGACCGAAGGAUUAAUGAUGAUUGAUCGACGAAUAUCAGGUCCAGUGAAUGCUCAACCGACACCACCUCCACCUCCUCUACCGUCUACCAAUGUGAACUACGAGGCCAUAUACAACCGUGGUUUGGCUUCGUCGACAUCAACAGUAGUGUCAUCGUUCAAAGAUUUAGUCGAAAAGAAAGCUGCAGAGCAUAAUCUUUUGUUUAUGCCAAUUACGAAUCGUAUAUUUGAUGGCAAACAAGUGUAUCAGUUUGGUCAAGUGAACAUCUAUAUUGAUAAAAACGUGGUGUUCGUUUUCGACAAUGGGCAAUGGUUUCCUAUGAGACUGAACGAUCUUAUUCGAAGAGCAGUGUGA